CUCCUCCCAGACAUUCCAGUCCACCUCUGGGAGUCUGCUGGCUCCUUCGCUCACUCUCGCCGACAUCUGGUCAGGUUUUAACUGUGACCUAAGAAGUGCCUGAGCUCCAACAAAAUGAGACGACUUGUGUUCAUUCUUACUUUGGUCUACAUUGCUGCCGCUCAGCACCAAGCUCUUAUUGACUACUUGGAAAGGAGGCUCCUUGCUAUUGAGGACAGGAUCUCUCUGUGGCAAGAGCAGACCACACGCUAUGCCUCUGAGCUGCGGGAGCUGAAGCUCCAAAUGGUUUCUCAGCUGGAGAGUCUGGAUAAAGAGAAGGAAACUUUGAGGAUAAAUCUGGAUGGAGUGGGGACCAGGGUGGACCGGGUGGAACGUGAACUGGACUACCUGGAAACGCAGAACGGGGCUCAGCCGUGCGUGGACGUGGACGACAGGCUGAUAGAGCAGCAGGUGACCCUGGUGAAGGAGAAGCAGAAGGCCAAGUAUCUGAAACUCACAGACUGCAGUGAUAUGAUAUCCAGCAUAAAAGCCAUGAAGAUCCUGAAGCGAGUGGGGGGGCCAAAGGGGAUGUGGACCAAAGACACAAGUGGAGCCUCUGGGAAGGUCUACAUUUUCAACGGGACAGCUGAAGACACCAUCAAUGAGUUUGCCUCUGUUCAGGACCUCGCCCGCUCCGUAGGCUUCUCUUUGUCCACUGACCUGAAGAUUCCCUCUUCCUGGAAGGGGACUGGACAUGUGGUCUACAACAACCAUGUGUAUUAUGUAAAUCAGGAUGAGGAGAUAACUGUGGUCAAAUUUGACACAAUAAAAAAGUCUAUGACAGACAGCGCGGUGUUUCCAAUACAGGAUCAUGUUCCUGUCUAUAGCCUGAACCCUGAGACAGUGAUGGACCUGGCUGUGGAUGAGGAAGGCCUAUGGGCUAUCUAUGCCACAAAGCAGAAUGAGAGACACAUCUCUCUGGCUAAGAUUGAUAGCAACACCCUGGACAUCGAGCAAAUGUGGGACACAAACUGCCCGAGAGAAAAUGCAGAGACGGCCUUUGUCAUCUGUGGCACCUUGUAUGUGGUUUAUAACACCAAGCAGCCCGGCCGCUCACGAGUGCAGUGCGUGUUUGACGUGAAUGACCUGGUGACAAAUGAAGAGGCACCUUUAGUUUACUUUCCAAAGCGCUAUGGUUUUCACGCCAGUUUGAAGUAUAAUCCCCAGGAGCAGCUACUCUACGCCUGGGAUGAUGGCUACCAGAUCCUCUACAAGCUUUCCAUGAGGAAAAAACUGGAAAUCUGAAACCAAAGUAAUUCAGCAUAAAAAAGCCCAUCCGAAGAUCAUGUAUUAUUUUAGAUAUAUCUCUUGUCUCUUCUGAUUUUUAAACUGUCUGAAUUCAAUUUUUUAUCCAAUUAAAUUCUGUCAUUAAUGUAACCUGAAACAAGUAUUUUCAUGCUCUGACUUAUCAAUCACUAACAUGCAGUACACAAGUACACAACCACUACCCACAUUUUAUCCCCACAUUAACAUCCUAUCAAAAACUGUUUGUAUGUACUGUAGCAUUGACAUUAGCAUGUCCCAUUUAGAUUUUAAUGUUAAGUUAGUUCUAGAAAAAUACUCUGUAGUUGGAUUAUAUUUAUAGAAUUUUCAAAGCUCAUUACCAUUCAAUAAAUAAAAAAGGCCACUGGUUAUACAAUACUGAGUUCUUUAAACUUAAUGCUGGAAAACAGGUUUGCUACAGAGCAAAAAAUCUUUCUUUGUCGCAAAACAAUGUACUCAGAGGUGGGUAGUA